GGGCGAAGCAUGACUAGGCCGAGGCCGAGGCCUAGGGCGCGGGCGCCUGCUCCGAGGCUAGCGGGCAGCCUGAGGCCGCGGGGCCGGCAGGGCGGCGGUCGGACCCUCCCCCGGGCGGGGGGCAGGGGGCGGGCUCCUGGACGGCCGCGCGCCCCGGGAUCCAGCGCCAGCAGAACCGCCGCACCAUGGCACCUGCCGGACGCCCGGGGGCCAAGAAGGGGAUUUUGGAACGCCUUGAGAGUGGGGAAGUUGUGAUUGGAGAUGGCAGCUUUCUCAUUACUCUGGAGAAGAGAGGCUAUGUGAAGGCUGGGCUCUGGACUCCAGAGGCAGUGAUAGAACAUCCAGAUGCAGUUCGUCAACUUCACAUGGAAUUCUUGAGAGCAGGAUCAAAUGUCAUGCAGACUUUCACCUUUUCUGCCAGUGAGGACAAUAUGGAAAGCAAGUGGGAAGAUGUAAAUGCUGCUGCCUGUGACCUCGCCAGGGAAGUGGCUGGCAAAGGUGAUGCUUUGGUAGCAGGGGGGAUCUGCCAGACAUCAGUAUACAGAUACCACAAGGAUGAAGCUAGAAUUAAAAAACUUUUUCGACUACAGCUACAGGUUUUUGUGCAGAAAAAUGUGGACUUCUUGAUUGCAGAGUAUUUUGAGUAUGUUGAAGAAGCUGUGUGGGCUGUGGAAGUCUUAAAAGAAUCUGAUAGACCCGUGGCAGUUACCAUGUGCAUAGGCCCAGAGGGAGACAUGCAUGACUUAACACCCGGAGAAUGUGCCGUGAGGCUGGUGAAGGCAGGGGCUUCCAUCAUUGGCGUGAACUGCCGCUUUGGGCCUGAGACCAGCUUGAAGACGAUGAAGCUCAUGAAGGAGGGUCUUGAACGGGCAGGACUGAAAGCAUACCUCAUGGUGCAACCCCUGGUGUUCCACACACCCGACUGUGGCAAAGAGGGGUUUGUGGAUCUCCCAGAAUAUCCCUUUGGACUGGAACCCAGAGUUGCCACCAGAUGGGAUAUUCAAAAAUAUGCCAGAGAGGCCUACAACCUGGGGGUCAGGUACAUUGGCGGCUGCUGCGGAUUUGAGCCCUACCACGUCAGGGCAAUUGCAGAGGAGCUGGCCCCAGAAAGGGGCUUUUUGCCACCGGCAUCAGAAAAACAUGGCAGCUGGGGAAGUGGUUUAGACAUGCAUACCAAACCCUGGGUUAGAGCAAGGGCUCGAAGAGAGUAUUGGGAGAAUCUGCUGCCAGCUUCAGGCAGACCUUUCUGUCCUUCGCUGUCAAAGCCAGAUGACUAAGGAGUAGUGAAAGAAAAUCCUGAAAUGAUAGAACAGAGAAAGUUGCCCUCAAGCCCAACCUGGAACCCUUCCUCACCAUGAUGAGGGUAACCUCACCAUGUCCUGCUGUCUCCAGCUGCUGAGGUGCUGCAGUCCCUUCCCUUCAAGUCCACAAGUGCAUGCAUAUUUAGCUUCUGCCGUGGUUAAGCACGGCCAGCCUCAAUGUGAUUACUUUCAAAGAUGAUUUUUACUUGAACAUAAAAGGUCCGGCUGGGCUAGGUGGCUCACACCUGUAACCCCAGCACUUUGGGAGGCUGAAGCGGGCCGGUCACCUGAGGUCAGGAGUUCAAGACUAGCCUGGCCAACAUAGUGAAACUCUGUCUCUACAAAAAUACAAAAGUUAGGUGGGAAUGAGGGUGGGUGCCUGUAAUCCCAGCUACUUGGGAGGCUGAAGCAGGAAAAUUGCUUCAACUGAGGAGGCGGAGGUUGUAGUGAGCCAAGAUGGCGCCAUUGCACUCCAGCCUUGGCAACAAGAGCAAAACUCCAUCUCAAAAAAAAAAAAGAAAGAAAAAAAAAAGAAAUAUUGGGUCCUAGAAUUUUUAAAAUGUGUCUUCAUAAUCACAGGUAGCUAGGUUAUAAACUAUUUAAAGGCAAGAUCAUGUGAUAAGCUUCUUAUAAUUCUCCUUAGCAUUGUGUUAGGUAUACUAAUAGGUGCACAGUGAAAUACUUAUUGUUGAUUGUUUAAAAAUAAUUCAAAAUAAACUGUUUUAGAAAACCUUUUCAAAAGUCAGUGUUCAGGCCAGUUGCAGGGACUCACACCUGUCAUCCCAGCACUUUGGGAAGCUGGGGUUAGACAGAUCACUUGAGGUCAAGAGUUCAACCAGCCUGGCCAACAUGGCAAAACCCCGUCUCUACUAAAUAAAAUACAAAAAUUAUCCAGGCAUAAUGACACAUGCCUGUAAUCCCAGCUACUUGGAGACUGAGGCAUGAGAAUUGCUUGAACCUGGGAGGCAGAGGUUGCAGUGAGCUGAGAUUGCCCCACUGUAUGCCAGCCUGGGAGAUGAAGUUCAAAUCUAUUUUGGUCUAAUAUUUUCUUAUGUUUGUGUUAUUUCAUGGGCUUGCCAGUUUCUCUUUUACAACAAUUUAUCAAUUUGUGGCAAUAAAAUUAAAAGUUAUUUACCUUUUAUAGUGUUUGAAUGUCAAAAAUGCCAUGAACAUUCUUUGGAAUAAUACUAGCAAAUAUUUAUUACUCACUAUGUCCGAGGCUUUGUUCUAAAUGUACAAAUACCCGCCAUCCAGGGAUUCAAAAUUAGAUAGUGUUUAACACAGUAGUUCACAGGUAAGGAAACUGAAGUCUAAUGAGGCUAGGCAACUUGCCUGAGGUCAGACAAUUAGCAAAUGUGAAAUGAGUACAUUUUGAUUUGAACCCAUGGGGCUGGCUCUGGAAUCCAUGUCCUUAGCUACUGUAUUGCACUACAUCUGUCAUGUAUACAGCUGCUACUUAUUGUCAAAAAUCUAUCCAGAUUUUUCUGUCACUAGGUCCAAAGUAUUUUUAUCAACAUUCCUUAUUAUGAAUUAACUCUUCAAACCUGCCAUGACUGUUUCUGUAAUAUUGACAACCUGGAAUUUAUUUGAGAUAGCCACUUUACCUAUAAUACACAACCCCACCCUACUGGAAAUUAGAAUAACUUACCAUCAUCUCAAGGCCUUUGGCAUCCUUAAGGGUGACUAAUCCAAGCCACCAAUUAAAUACCUGACUAUCCUUGCCAGCGUCUUCACCAGGACCAUCAAAUCUCUGUUUGGAACCCUUAAAUAGUAACUCACUACCCCUCAAUAUCACUUACUCCUUUUUAAGAAACACUUCAUUCUUGGAAAGUUAUUUCAUAUAUUAAAGAGAAAUCUAUUUAUCAAUGACCUUCACCUGUAGACUUUGAGCACUCAUAAAGCAAAUUUAUAAUUUCUUCCAUAUAUCUCUCCGAAACUUUAAAGAUAGCUGUAUGGCUUUCCUGUACUUACUUGUCCUCAUUUCCUGCAACCAAAAGGCAUAGGCUAAAAUGUGCUUUGUCAAAUACUACCUGUGUGACAUUAGACAGCUACUUAAGCUUUCUGUCUUAAUUUCCUCAUCUGUAAAAUGAGGAUAAAAUAGAACCAUUUUCAGUAGGGUGCUCUGAGGAGUCAAUGAGAUAAGUUAGUUAGAAAGUGCAUGUUGUAUAGUUGGCAUUCAUUGCACAUUAUAUAGUAUAAUUAUGCUGACUUGGUUUCCAAUCCCCUAAUCUUCAUGGUGACUCUCUUCUGGGAACACUCUGGUAUCAAAGACUCUGCUUAUUGUUAGUAUCUGGUCCCAAACACCACAUUCCAGGAGAGAACUGUUUACAUAAUACCUCCUGCUUGCUUUAUAGAUUUUGUGGAGAGGGCAGUUCAGGACAUGAGAAUAUCAAGAGUGAAGAAGGUACAUCAAGAGGGAGAGCUCUCUCCAUGCUGAAUCCCUUCCUUGGGUCUGCACCAGCACAAACAAAGGCUUUUAUCUACUUACUAUAAAGUUCAGGAGUGCUAAACUGUAUAGGAGUUCGAGAUCAGCCUAGGUAACAUGGCAAAAUUCCAUCUCUAUGAAAAAUGCAAAAAUUAGCUGGGCAUGGUGGUGUGCAUGACUAUAGUCUCACCUACUGAGGAGGCUGAGGUGGGAGGGUCACUUGAGCCCAGGAGGUCAAAGCUGCAAUGAGCUGUGAUCACACCACUGCACUCCAGCCUGGGUGAUGGAGCAAGACCUAGUCAAGAAAGAAAAAGAAGGAAUAAAGACAGGAAAGAAGGAGGGAAGGAAGGAAGAAAGGAAGGAAGGAAGGAAGGAAGGAGGAAAGGAAGGAAAGGAGACACAGUGGGAGGGAGGAAGGAGAGAGGAAGGAAGGAAGGAAGGAAAGAAGGAAGGGAAGGAGGGAGGGAAAGAGGGAGUGAGGGAAGAAGGGGAGAAGAAGGAAGGAAAGAAGAAAGGAAGGAAAGAAGGAAGGAAGGAAGGGGAUAUAUAAAAACAUUAAAUGCAUGAACACUCACACAAAAAUACUCUAAACAAAGGCAAAUAGGAAAAGUGUGUAACAGGGGUCAGCAACCACUCUUCCAGUAAAUGGGUCUUGAGCUGCUUUCGUUCAAACCUUCCCCACCCAUGCACAUGCUGUAAGGGGGGCUCACCUAUGUGAUUGGCAUUCAGAACCCCCCUCCACCCCAUUUUCUUGGGCUUAAGGGUGUUAUGAGAAGGCAGUGUACCCAGCAGGGACCAGGCAAAGCCUUGGGGUCAGCACCAGCAUCAUCACCAUCAGCCGUUUUGAUGAUCACUAUUCCAGUGUAGGCUAUGAGGCUGUGGAUCAGGUGCCCCAGGAAGCACCAUGCACCUCGUGGAGAUGAUGUGAGGGCCAGGUCGUUGAAUCUUCAGGUAUUGACACAGAGCUCAGACAGCUUCUGAGCAUUCACAAGGUAUCUCGUAACAUGGUACCUGUCAGCCCCACUUGAUUCUUCCAUUCCCAAGGAGCGGGUCCUCUCUCUUGUUGGGCGACUUCUAGGGAUGGACUGUCAGCUCCUGUGCCCCACACAUGCACUUUGUACUGCCUCCUCCCCACCUCCCUCAAUGCCCACAACUAUUUAAGGGUUUCAGAAAAAUCUUUUCUUCUUCAUCUGUUAUUAUAAAAGGACAUCACAGCAAAAGUAAUAGGAAAAUGAAAUCCACUUUUCUCAAUGGCAUCCUUAUUAGAGGUGGAGAAAUAUUUGCUUUAUAUCUUUCCAGUGCUGGGAAAAAAGGGUGGGGGGACAGAAUAACACAUUUACAGAUUGAAGCAAUAGGAAUGCUAACAUCUGCCAUACAUAUUUGUAUACAUUUGAUAAACUAAGGGAUACUUUCUUUAAUCUAUAAAUUAGGAAAUAAUUACCUUAAUCCAUUAAAUAUAGAAAAAGAUAAGAAAACACAUUCAAUAUUAGGUAAAUGCACAGCAAAGUGACGAGAUACCUUCUCUCAUCUAUCAUCAGCUAAGAUCAAAAAGUGGAUAAUAUCUUAUGUCAUUGAGUGUGCAGGGGAAACGACUUUCUCAUAGGUAUGCUUUUUGUAGAAGUGUAACCUGGUACAAACUAUUUGGAAAGCAAUUUAUCCAUAUUUACAAAAUUUAAAAUUCACAUGCCCUUGGAUGAGCAGUUUUACUUCUAGGAAUAUAGCCAGCUAUUAUGUUUGUAUAUAUGCAAAUGUGCAUGUCUGGAAACCACCUAAAUAUUCAUCAAUGACAUAUUUGUGAGUGAAUAAUGGAACAUCUACGGGGUAUUAAAACAUGGUGUCAUUACAAAGAAUACAUUAGAUCAAUAUGGGCUAAGAUGGAAGGAUCGCCUCCAUAUAUUGUUAAAUGAAAGUAUGCUCCCAUUGUGUAUACAUAGAAUAUUUCAGGAAGGAAUAUUUCCCUCCUAGAAGAGAAGGACUGAUGAUUGAAAGUGUGGUGUAAGAGGAAGACUUCCUUUUCUCUGAUACCCUUCUUUAGUGUCUAAAUUUGUUAAUAUGGUUUGGGUACUACUUUUUCUACAAAAUAAAUUAGUUUAAAAAUGUAUGUCAAGAUUUCUGAUUGCAAGGGGAAAAAUCAGAUAACGUGAGUUUCCUGUUGUGAUACAGAAUGGGAAAUGCUACAUCAUGGAUGACGUAUACCAGCCAAAAGUGCCUGGGGGAAUCUAAUCAAGCCUUUGGAUUUCACCUCCAAUUCAGUGAAAUCAAGGGAUAUAGGAACAAAGUAAAAACCACAAUCAAGUGAAUUCUGUAUUCUACUGGGCUGGUCUUUUCCACAGGUUAGCAUGUUGGGGCUGCUCAUCUUUAUGUGACAAAGCAAUAUAAUGCAUGGUCCUGGCUGGGACAAACUAGCUAUAAAAGGUGUUUUGUGAAUAAUUGGGGAAAUUCGAUUAAGGAAUCAGGUUAAUUUUGACAAUGGAGGAAAAUGUUCUUAAUUUUUGGAAAAAUACAAUUUUUUAAAAUGCAUUCUAAAUGUUACUAUUUAUAAUUUACUUUAAAUCUUUUAGCAUAUAAAAAGGAGGCAUUUUUAAAUGGCAAGAUUUCUACAGGCUUUGAUUUGGUAGGAAGAAAUUAGGAAGAGGGUAAUUGUCUGUAAAAAAACAAAAAAUGACCAGUGAAACUAAGAAAAACUGGCUUGAACAAGCUCUUUCCAGUUCUACAGCAGAUGUUUGCUGUACUAGAGUUAUCAAGAAUAGCAGAUGGCCCUCUGAUAAACCUGCUGUGCAUAGAUUCAGCAAUGUAGACCCAAACAGCUGGCAUGAAAACUACCUGAAAGGGAUCGAAGAGAUUCGUUGAAACUAGGGGUGAAGGUCAGCUGGAAAAACAAUUCCUGCUUUGCAAUGAUCACAGCCAUGAUUUGACACCUUGUGCAAAAUUGUAAGCAAAGUUAAGCAACUCACUUUGGCUGUACAGUCAGCUGCCUUGAAGGUGAGCCCAUAUUUUGUUUAAUCAGUAAUGAAAAUGCUGAAAAGAGUUGCAGAAGGGUGCAAUUUUGCCUGACAUCAGGGCUGUUUGAUGAAAGGGUUUUCAGAAAAGUAGAUGGGGCAUGCUAGCAGGGCUAUUGCUGGCACUCUGGCAGUCACAUUUCAUCUAUAACCUCCAUUAUUUAUUUGGAGCAGAGAGGUGGCAAGAGGAAAGAAAGGGAAAUAAAAGUUGUAUUUUCCAUGACAUAGGUGCAGAUGAGCUGGCCCUUCACAAUAGUGAAGGUGGAGAAGUGGUGGUGACUAUUCACCUUGAGGAGUCUGUGCUUUCAUAUCUAAUCAUGUUUACCCGUUCUUUUGCUUAUUCACUCAUUCAAUCACUCAUUAAUUCAUUCACUAUUCAAAUAACAUUUAUUUAGUGCUUGACUAUGGUAGUCACUCUUACAUGUUCCAUAGUACCCUAUAUUUAUCAUGAAUAAGUUCAAUGUGGUUUUUGCUCAUUUGGUUUUGUUUUUCCUUUUGUUUUGGGUUUUUUGUUUGUUUUUGUUUUGAGGCAGAGUCUCACUCUGUCACCCAGGCUGGAGUGCAGUGGCACGAUCUCAGCUCACUGCAGUCUUUGCCUCCCAGGUUCAAGCAAUUCUCCUGCCUCAGCCUCCUGAGUAGCUGGGAUUACAGGUACCCACCACCACACCCAGCUAAUUUUUGUGUUUUUAGUAGAGAUGGGUUUCACCAUGUUAGCCAGGCUGGUCUUGAACUCCUGAGCUCAAGUGAUCCAGCCGCCUUGAUUUCCCAAAGUAUUGGGAUUACAGGCAUGUAUGCCCUGCCAGUUCAAUGUAGUUUUAAUACUCCCUUGGUCAUUCCUGUUUACUUGCCUAUUCCGCACUCAACAGGGCAGUGAAAACAUCUUAUUAGUUAUUGUAUACUCAGCACCUGGCAUAUUAUAAAACUAAAAAAAAAAAAUUGUUGAAUGAAUGAAUGAGUAAAUGAAUGUACAAACCAUGCUAGGGUUAAAGAAUGCAAAGAUGAAUAAGCCACUGUCUAAUGUUGCCUUGCUGAAUCCUCUUGCCAAAAGUAUUCUGAAGAAUAUGCACCUGGUGUAGGACAGACCAGCAUCAACUUGUGCUAGUUUAAAGAAGCUGAAGUUGAAGAGACUGGAAGGAGGAAGUGGAGGGGCAUCAGAAAGUGAAAUGGCAGGCUAUGUAAACAGAAUGGCUCAAGGGCAACCCCAAGAAGGCCCAGGCUGGAAUAGAUGAGGAAGCAUUUAGGACAGAGGAGAGAGUUAGGACUCAGGGUCAUUAGCAAUGGAAAAAAGUGCAAAUUCAAAAAUGCAUCAUUGGCUAGGCAUGGUGGCUCAUGCCUGUAAUCCCAUGGCUUUGGGAGGCCAAAGUGUGUGGAUCACUUGAGCUCAGGAGUUUGAGUCCAGCUUGGGCAACAUGGAAAAACCCCGUCUCCACCAAAAACACAAAAAAUUAGCUGAGCAGGAUGGCUCAUGCCUCCCAGCUACUCAGGAGGCUUAAGUGGGAGGAUUGCUUAAGCCCAGGAAGUGGACGUUGUAGUGAGCCAAGAUCGUACCACUGCAUUCCAGCCUGGGUAACAGAGUGAGAAUCUGUCUCAAAAAAAUAAAAUAAAAUAAAAUAUGGGAACCAUUUUAAAGUCUUAAGAAAGUAAAACCAACACAAGCAUUUUAAUUGUUCAACUAAAAACAUGAGUGUGGGAUACACUAUUUCAAACCACCUUCAAUAACAGCAAAAUUGAUAAAGCAUACUUUUCUGACAGGCAGAUAAACAAAGUUUGAUCCCCCAUUCACAGAAGUUGGGCCUCUUUCCAUGCUGAAGAAGACUUACAACUUGUCCUAAUAUGUUCUGAUUUUAGAGGCAAUAAAUACCAUCCUACACUCCUCUCUAAAAGUACUUCUUUCUCUUACCUACUUGCUUAUUCAUUCAUUCCUUCAAUUUAACAAAUAUUUGUUCAGGCUGUUAUAAGACAGUCACUGUUUUAGAUGCUGGGACUACAUAGGGUAAACAACCAUCCUGGUUUGCCCCAGGACUAACCCAGGUUUAGCACUGAAAGUCCUGUGUUCUGGGAACCCCUUCUGUCCUGGGCCAGUGUUGGUCAUCCUAGAGCCUACAUCAGUGAGGUGGGAUUGAAAUUUUAGCUAGGGAGGCCCCAGAAAGCCUUUACUAGAAAGGCUACUUUCAAGAAAAGACCUGGAGCAGAUAAGGACAAUAGCUGCAUGGACAUCCUGGGGAAGAGCUGUCCAGAAAGUGUAAGCCUGAGGCAAGAGCUUCCCUGCCAUGUUGGGGGAAUAGCCAAGAAUCCACAUUGGUGGGGACACAGUGAGAGAGGGGAAAGCAAUGGGAGAUGAGAUCUGAGACAUAUCAGGAGUCAAUUAUUUGAGGACUUGUGACUUAGCAAGGAUUUUUGGCUUUUAUUCUGAACAACAUGAGAGGACAUUGGAAGGUUUUCAACAGGGAAAGAACGGGCUCACUUUGGCUGUUAAGAAGAAGCCACAAAGGGUUAAGAGCAGAGACAAGGAAGCUAAGCAUUGAAAUAAUCCCUUUGAAAGUCCUAGUCCAGGCUGGGCAUGGAGGCUCAAGCCUGUAAUCUUUGCACUGUGGGAGGCCGAGGUGGGUGGAUCACAAGGUCAGGAGUUCAAGACCAGCCUGGCCAACAAAAUGAAACCCCCCAUCUCUACUAAAAAUAGCAAAGUUAGUCGGGUGUGGUGGCAUGCACCUGUAGUCCCAGCUAUUGGGGAGACUGAGGCAGAAGAAUCACCUGAACCCGGGAGGUGGAGGUUGCAGUGAGCUGAGACCACGCCAUUGCACUCCAGCCUGGGUGACAGAGUGAGACUCUAUCUCAAA